AUGCAGGAGCUGGUCGCUAAGCUACAAAAACUGCACAAAUUGAUGGAUCUCAGAUAUGUGAUCUACCACUUCGGCUACGAGACUUCCAACGGCAUCCGAGCAGAGGAAGCUGGCAACACAGAUCAAGCUCAAGGUGGCUUCUCCUAUACCGGUGACGAUAGCAACACUUACACCGUGACAUACACCUCAGGAGAAGGUGGCUUCAGACCUCAAGGGGAACACCUCCCAGUCCCCCCUCCUACUCCAGAAGCUAUCCUGGAAGCUUUGAAGAAGAAUGAACAAGAUGAGGCCAAGUUUAUUUUAUCAUCUUCUGCUACAUCUCCUUAUACAUAGCGUUUUUCUUAUUUGUCAUCCUUUAAUCAUCGCUGAAAUAAUUUCAUGAGCCAAAUGUUAAUCUGAAAGUAAAAAUUCCAAUUUGUAUUUAAAUACAAAGCCUGAAACUCCAACGUUUAAAUUUUGAACAGAAAAACUUAAUGAGAGAAAAUGAAGAACGACCCUUUUCUACUUAUACUUGACUCAUACCUAUAUACCUGACCAUAUCUGCACCUGACUCACAACAAAGCACCUUGGACCGUAAUCAGAUAUACCGCCUGCCUGAUUUUCGGUCUGUUCAGUAUAGUUACUGGACCGUGCAAUUCGGCCAACUCCAUAUUGCAUGCAGUAUGCCUUGUGGCUACUGCUGACGACGUCUGUAAGCGAUAAUUGGCAUCGGAACCAUUCAAACCUGCAGCUAUUGAUUUUGUAAAUUCCGUUACUGAUGUAAAUUUACUGAAUUACUACAUACCUGUCCAACAAUGAUGAAAAGAAACGAAAUAAAAAGAAAUGAUUUUUGAAACGAUAACCAAAAAGCCAUUAUACCACCAAAAAACAUGAAAAGGUGAUUGUAAACGGUUUCUAUCAAACUCUAUCAAUUUUUUCACA